UAUUUAAAGGCAGUGAGAACAAAAGCAGUAACAGCUUCAUCAAAGGUAACUACAAUAUUUUAGUAAAAUCCAACUAGUGGUCUAUUAACAAUGCUGCGUUCUGAUUGGUUGAGCUACUACUAGGCUAUAUGUUAUAGCCCCCUAGCAGCAAAUAGCGCGGGCUUUUUGACGGAAAAAAGGAUUAAAGUCUAGCUUUAACGAGGUAAAAUUUUUUUAUUCUCGAUAUUUUUGACCAACUAGUCGGAUUUUACUAAAACAAUUAUUCCUCUCGCCCUCAUGGCCUCUGAGUUAAUAGCCCAUUCGGCUUUCGGCCUCCGGCCUCAUGGACUAUUGACUCGGAGCCGCUAAAGGCUCUUUUCAGGUCGUCUACGUAGUAAGAGUUUUGUCCAUUUUGCGGGGCAUAUCUGCAACUCGACUUGUUCAAACUUUUUGAUCGUGUUAAUGGAAAUGAGGUAAUUAAUUCCUAAAUUAUUAUUAUUACUGGAAAUAAAGUUUAAGAAAAGAAAACGGAGAAAAAAUAAAGGAAAAACAAAUCACUGUUGUGGCCAAUAUGUAGCUUGGAUUUUUCCUUUACAAACAUUCAACAGGCAAGUUCAAGUCAAAGUGAAAAAUGGCCUUGAAAAUUCCUUUUUAAACAACCUUGUUACUUAUCAUUUCAGGUUAUGCUGAGGGAGACACCUCAAGGCUUGCCUCCUUGUUUACUGUUUUCUUCGUUGCUUUUUAUAUAGUUGUGUUGUAUUUUUACAGAGAAUUGUCAAAGAUCCUUCUGUAUCUGAGAGAAACCCGUCUUUGCCUGUGGAAUUAAGUUUGUGUCAACUUGAAAAGGAAGGCGUCAUAUCGCAUGUUCAUAGUCAGAGAUCACUUGAAAAAAGGUAGGUUUAAAAGCAACGUUUAUUUCACAAAUUCUGUUUAUUCCAUGUUUGUAAACAAGACGUGUCGUGAUAAAAAUCCAAAAUAGCUUAACAUGACCUUUUGGAAUCGUCCCUUCCUGAAGUGAUAAAAUGUCAGGUUUCUCACGUAACCCACGUUGGAUUCACCAGUCAGGGUCUUUGCUGCUCGCGGGGUUCUUUAUAUUAUCCCCUCUUGCAAGAGAAAUGACAGAAACUUUUUCGUUAGGCCACGCCCCUGAUGUGUACUUGUUGUGGUUCAAUUUUAUCCUUGGUUCAAAUUUUUUUCUCUUUGUUUUGGGGUAUGGCAAUUUAUGAUAAUGACUUUGAAGCAAAGGGAAGCAUUAUACAGUCACUCUCUCUUGGACGGACACCUUGGGGACCGGCGCUCAUUCUAAGAGUGGUGAUCUUCUUACAGAGUCGAAUAAGAGAGUAAAGAAAGGCAGGGACCAACCCCAGGUGGUGUCCGGUGAGAGAGAGAGAGAGAGAGAGUCGACUGUAUUUCAUUACAAGUUACUUUUAACUUUGGAGACUCCGGGGGGGAAGACUAAGAUAUUUUAUUUUCCUUCACAGAAAAUCUGAUAUUACAGUAACAAUCGCGUGCUCAGAACCUGGGGUUUACCAAGUGCUCCUUCAAAACCGAGGUAAAUCAUACUUUCAUAGGAUCAAGAGUCUCUGUGCUUCACCGUUUACCACAGAGAACAUUUGUGUUAACAUGGUUUUAGCCUUGUUUGCACGUAACCUUCCUUUGAAAGUGAGGGCUUUUGGAACUCGGAAAUACCCUAUUGCUCAAGCCAAUCACGAAAGAGAAGACUUUUUAGCUAACCAAUCAAAACUAGAAAAAUCUCCUUAAAACCGUCUCCGAACGCGGGAAACUUUUGUGGGCGAGUCACGACUGGUAUUUACUUUUUGAUUGGUUUAAAAAGGACACGUGACUUUUUUAGCCUUUCAUAUUAUGUAGUAACGCAAACCUAAUUGGUCUUUAGAGGAAAGUCGUUCUAUAAAGGAGAAUCGACGUCAAAUCGUUUUUCCGCCCCGUUAUUGUGACGCUACUUCCAUGUAUGGCGGCACAGAAGCGAACCGAGGGGCCUCCUGGUGUCAGGCUAUGUUUAUCGCUCGUCACUGGACAUUAUUUAUAUUACGGUCUUAUAUUUCCUUAAAUUUAUUUUGUUGCCUCCAUCAGUGUAUCAACACUGGUACGCAGAAUAUUAGGUUAGGAGCGAUGUACAUGUGUUAGCCGUUUUAACGAACGCUGCUUGCAGUGAUCGUGCCAAGCCGCCAUCUUGAAAGCAAAUAAAAAACUAAGGGAGGAGGGGUCGGUAAGGAGUGUGGGGAAGGGAGAAGAAAGGGGAAAACGUUCUCGUCCCCUCCCCUCCUCUAUUUUAGAGACGUCGUCCUCUCCCCAGGAUUUUUUUUUUUUGACUCGCUCCAACUCUCUGUCAGUUUCUACAUCAAAGAUGGUGGGAGGGCAUUUGUGUCAUUGCUCGCUCUGCAAAAUACACCUUGUUUGCAGGCUAGGCAUGUGCCUGGUAAUAAUUGAGGAAAGGGGGAGGGGGGACGGUGGGGGAAGCCUGCAGGCAAGCUCUCCAAUUAUGGCGAGCAAAGCGAGCCGCAAGCCUUCGCGUCUCUUUACCUGUGUGGUUCUCGUGUGACUUCGCGUGACUCCCCCAAAUAACGAGCUUGCUCGCAGACUAGAACAUGCGCGGUGCGAUACGCCGGGCUGAGAUGGGUGGCUGAUUACAGAGGGACUAAAGAAAAUGUACUGGACGUAAAGAAAAUUAUUUUUUCUCUUUGUCGCUUUAGGUAACCCGAGAACAGAUCGCGAAGUUCACAUAAAUUUGGAAGAAUUAUUGGAGCUUCAACACCAACGAGAUCCG